CGCUCCAGUGACCGCGCGCCGCUCGCAUCGCAUGCACGCACGCGACAUAAUAAUAUGGUAUUAAAUAACCAUUAACAAAAUAUUAUUUCCAUAAAAACACUAUACGAUAAUUAAUUAGAGGCUACCACUGCAGAAUUCACAACAAAAAUAGGUAUUUUUCGGAGGAAAUAAUUUUCGUUAUCUAAUUGGAAUUACACUUUACUGUAAUUUUACUCAACUUGACUGUAUUGAGGAAGGUCUAUUAUCAGACCCAAGAUAUUUUAAACAAAGGCCAGGUCAAGCAUACCCUAAACCGGUGAGCAUGCAUGAAGACAGAUGAGUGGAGGCAGCAAAUGUGAUGUGUUAGGAUCGUUGUAAGUGGAGUUCGGGAAAUAGGCGUGAUUACGUAGAAUCUACUGGAUGAGCUUAUAAGUCAUCGCGCGGGCAUGGCGGAAGAAGACUCGCUGAAGCUGUACUGGGACCACUUCUUCAAAGCAGAGACAGGCACUUAUGAGAAAUCAACAUGGUUGGAUCUGUUCCUGGCGGAGUUCCUGAUCCGCGUGAACGAAGGUGCCAAACCGAAGGAGUUGAUCAAGUUUUGUCCGGUGAGCGGCGUGGUAUCGCUGGUGGGGUGCGAGCUGCUGUGCGGCAUCCAUCGCGUGACGUCAUCCGUCAGCGCGCACUGCUCGCCGCUGCCCACGCUCGACGCCGCCGGCGCCGGCGCAUGCUCCGGGAAGGAGCCAGCUGAUACUACCACCGCAGGGUCGGAGCCAAAGCCGGAGGACCCGCGGCUGCUAUCGUGUAGCGCGCUGACGCGGGCCACGGCGCAGUCAGCCGCGGACAUCCUGCGGCAGUACCUGCUGCGGGGCGCCGCCUGGCGCUGCCUCGUGCUGCUCACAGCGCUCGGAGUCGAGGGCCUGUCGUGCUGCCGCCAGCUGAGCUCGGUGCUGACGUGGGUGUUCGGCGAGCUGCGCGGCGCCGGCGCGGCCGCCCGCGGCCCGCCCGCCGCCCGCGGCCCGCCCGCCGCCCGCGCCCCGCAGCGCCCCGCUCGCGCCCCCAUGCACCUGCUGUUCUCAUACAAAAUCUGGUCCAAACAGAAGCAAAGCGGCAGUCAAGGAUCGAAGAGCAGCUCCAUACCGUCCUCGGAAAAAAGCUCCGCUACGGGACGAUCUCGACACCCCAACCAAACGAAACAAGACUUAGAAAGCAAAAGCAAAAGGAAACAUAGUAAACACAGCGAACAGUCCAGCGAGACCGGAGACUCAAACGAGGACUUGCAGGUCCUUAACAGAUCUUUAGCCAUCAAAGUGUGCACGCCCAACGACGAGUUCGAAUACUUCAAUUCUCCUAUUAAGUCUUCAAACGAAUACUCCAAUGAACCUGUAUACGGCGGCCCUUUUUAUACGCCGCGGAAAGCCAAACCUAAAGCAGACGAUUAUAUGAACGAUAAACAUAGAGAAAUUAUCAAUUCCGAAAUCACUACAUUCGAAUUUACGUUGCUCAUUAUAGACUUGUUGCAGGAGUUAUGUAAGACUGAGAGUAGUUUAUCAGGGUCGGAGGGAUCACAGAUAUCCAUGCAGUGUAUCAACUUUUCUCUCAGAAACCUGUGUUCGCUGCAGUUCGGCUCGCUGCCCCAAGCCGUGCAGUACGACAGCGAGGAGGUAUCAACAAUCAAAGUAGCCCUAACAGAAUUACUCAUAGUUUCCCUAGACAAAGUCCUCGUACAUUCCGAUUUAUGUUCUAAGUUGAUCAAUAACGGUAUCUUGCCGAUGUUAUUAAGAAUAUUAGAAGAUGUUGUAUGUAAAUCUAAUAAUAAAUAUAAUGCGAAAGAAGAUCAAAAAUGUGCCAAAGAUAGCGAGAAAGCAAAUAAGACUGAAUCGGACAACUUGCUCAAAUUCGUGUUUGGUGUGGGGUACUCCAUAACCGCGUUCUUCCACUGUCUGCUGAUGCAGUGCCGCUCGGUGGACAAGCUCAGGGCGUUCACUGAUCAGUUCAAGUUAUACGGAGAGUGCCUCAAAGGCGGCUUGCUCAAAGAGUGCAUAGAGGUAAUGAUAAGGAUACCAGGCGAUGAGGAAGAAAUUGUGAUAUUGAUUAAGAAGUUAAUAGAAUCUAUAGGGAAACUAAUUGUUGGUAUGAAGCGUAUUCGGAGCGAGGUCGUACACUCCGCGGCUUGCCCGAGAACUCGGCAUAAAGUGUGUCGCCAGAGAGUGGCGGCGGGGAUGCAUCACCACCACGAUAUACUCGGAGAAGCAGGCACUGGACUGCCAAUAGCUUCUUCAUGUUGUAUAUCGGUUUUGUACGGCACUUUAACCUCAUUAGUAACUGAUGACGAGGUGUCAGCGCAAUCGGUACUGAGGAGCAAAAUUCUUCGAACGAUGCUCAACUCUGGAGUGUGCUGUUGUUUCUCACCAGGAUUCCUCAUGGAAAGUAUCGUCCGAUUAAUGCUAACACACAACAGCGUAGCGACGUUAUGUCUCCAAGUCCUAGAACACACAGUGUACGGGGAGCUAGGAGCGAGCGUCCUCACUCCUAAGGUUACAGAUCAGCUGCCGUGUUCCAUAUGUGAGCCCACUGAUGAUAAGAGAGAUUUGGUGAGGAAGUACUGUCCUCAUGGCGUCAGUCCAGUUGAGAGGAAGAGCGUCUGGUCAUUUCUAAUACAUUAUAACUCGUUGCUCCAACUAGACAAUCACAAUAACGUGCUGCACGCUACAGUGAGCCACUUGUUACGUGUCACACCAAAAUGCCGCAUGGAGAUGAAGUAUGAGUUACUGUUCAGUGUGGUGUAUCCGACCUUCAUUGUAGCAAAACACAGGUACAUCAUAAGGAUGGAAGAAGCCGCAUAUUUCCUCACGGUUUCCUGUCUCAACAUAUUUGCAAGCUUGCUAAACACAGUAUCUUUUGCUGAACAGUUCAUCCAAAAAGGAGGACUUAGUUACGUAUUAGAAUUAGUAUCUUUAUCUGAAUUUUCAAAUCAGUGCUGCUCGAUACUUGAGAUCGCAAUUAUUGUAGAGAUCUUCAAAUUGAUGAAAGAAAAUUCGGACAUGACGUAUUUCAGGGAAGUGAGCUCUCUAGCAUCUGUUCAGAUGUUGUUUAAGUCGUUGAACGAAAUGACGGAUAAAUGUUAUAAAAUCUACAAGAUCAAAUUACCAGAAGAGAAGUACGAAGAAUUGUGCGAUGUUACUAAAGAGAGAGAAGCUUUGGCGUUUCAACAGGUGGCACGUACUAGUAUUUCUUCAAGAAAGUUGUCCUCGCCGAGAGCAAUAAAAACUUCCUUUGCUUCGAGUGAGAAUGUUGUGGAGGAAUCUGUGGAGGAUUUUCUGGAGGUGUUGAAGAACGUGUGGACGUUUUGGAAGUCGUGCGCGGGGCUGUGUUUGUACAGUCCGUUGUUCCGGCGCUACGUGGCCAGCGAGCCCGCGCUGCUGGACAGCUACGCACUGUUGAAGCUGCUGCUGUAUUAUCUGUGUAACUGCGAGUGCAGUCAACAAGAGAUGAGGAUCCUCAUCAAGAUCGUUGAAGCCUUACUAACUGUGCAAUUUGCUGUUACUGAUGUGACAUCAGGGCGAUCUAAGGAGACGAGCUGCGGCAUAGUCCGGAGCGCCUUAAGCGGCGGCGCGGCGCUGCAACAGGCCGACGGCGGUGGGGGCGGAGGCCUGCGCGCGCUGUGCGAGGCGCUCAUCCGCGUAUGUGUGGCUGCGCCCUCGCGUGACCACGCCAUGCCACGACAGCGACAUGCUAAGGUGCCGCCGCUAGGAUGUGAGUCGGGCGCCAGCUCGCCGGGCGGCUCGUCGAGCGAGGACAGCGCCAGCGGGCCCUACGCCAGCGAACACAGCGAGCCCGCCAGACCAGACCCCGGAUAUGAGGCGGACGUCGAAAUCGGCAAGCUAGAGUUGCUCUCACUGGAGAAGUCUCGCAAGCUUUCUGGAUUGUCCGUUACCAGUAACAUUCCAGGGUACACUACGCUGGGAGAGUCGGUGGAGCUAGAGUGCGCCGAGUACAGCAAACAGGGAGAGUUCGCGCAUCCUGAGCUGUGUGUCAUAGUUGUGGACAUACUCACGCAGCUUAUACAGAAAUUACUGAAGUCCCCCCAAGAGGCGUCGCAAGGCAGUCCGCAGCGUGCGACGGCGGCGCUGGCUCGCGCGUGCUGCUCCCGGCUGUGCGGGGCGCUGAGCGGCUGCGGGGCCGCGCCGCCGCUGCUGCUGCCGCGCCUGCUGGCGCCGGCCGCUGCCGAGCUACUCACCAACGCCGACCACCGGCUGCAAGACCUCCAGCGCAGCAUCUUAGAGCUGAUCCACGUGGUGGCGUCUCAGAGCAUCACGUCCACAGAGCUGGGAUCGCUGCUGCGGCUGUUCACGGCAGACCGGCCGCCGCUAACCCUUCUGCUGACGGCUCUACAGCGGCUCGUCAACACUGCGCAACCCUGCACGCCUGAUUGUAUACUUAGCUUUCCUAUUGAUUGUAAAGAUACAGAUAAUAAGCAGCUAGCAGAAGAGUUGAACUACGUAAUGAUAAACAGCGCGACGUCACAGAGUCAACAAGCAGAGAACUACGCUAAAAUAUUGCAAGAAUCACAUAAGAGAGCUGGAGUGGUGUCGCCGUGGUCAGUGAGCGCGGUGCGCUGCGGCUUGUGCGGCGCGGGCUGGGCGCCGUGGCUGCAGGGGUUCGCGCUGCUGCUGUGGCUGCGGCCCGCCGCCGGGCCCGCGCGCCGCGGCGGGGACUGGGACACAGCAGACGAAUGGCAGAGUGAGUCCCAAGAGACGGAUGCCAACAAACCCCCUCCCAAGAAGCCGCCGCCAGAGACGCAGCUGUCACACGUCCUGUCAAUCGGGCACGACUCACUCAUGCUGGAAUUGUGGCUGGAUACUGGCUGCGGUUCGCUGACCCUCCGGUUGUCGCGGCCGGAGCCGGGCGCCAACAAGCUGGUGUCGGAGGCGCGCGUGGCCGACGCGCUGCCGCCGCACCGCUGCUCCUGCCUGGCCCUCAACAUCUCUGAGCGUGUGCACAAGCGCCGGAUUCAUAUACAGGUCACAGUUUUCGUGAAUGGACUGGAAAUUGAAACUGUCUCGUUACCACUACAAGGUAUUCUAGUUCGCAAAGUGACGCCCACGCUUGUGCUGGCGGGCGACACGUCGCGGCGGCGCGGCGGCGGCGCCUACCACAUGUCGCACGCGCACGUGUACCGCGCGCCGCUGCUCUCCGCCUACUGCGCGCUGCACCUCGCCGCGCACAGCCCCGACCACUCCUGCCAGGUGCGCUGUGAUGCUCCAAAUUAUCCGCUGGUGCUUACGCCCGAAGUGUUAGACUCCAAUAUUGACUGGGACCAGGUGUACGAAAUAUCCAGCACAACACUACGAGAACUGCACGAGAAUCUAUUGUUAACAUUCUCAGCGCACGCGCCUAACAUCAUGAAUCUCUACCACCAAACUGUAUCUUUGCCCACUGUGUUCGCGGGGCGCGUGGCGUCAACUGCGAGUCUGAUAGGCUCCCCUGGCGGCGGCGCCCCGGGCGGAGGCGCGUCCGUGCCCGAGGCGCUGUACGUGACGUGGGCGGGCCGCCCGCUGCCCAGCUCGCACCGCGGCGUGGCGCCCGCCCUCUACAUGCUGGGCGGGCCCACCGUGCUGCUCUAUCUGUUUGCUAGGGUGGUAGAAUUAGACGGCACAGCAGAGGAGCAGGCGCAAGCCCUGUCCAUCCUGCUGCGCGUGUGUAGCGCGGACAACCGGCUGUACGCGGCGCUGUACGAGGGGCCCGCGCUCAACAUGAUGCACACCGUGUUCGCGUCCAACAAGUGUAUCAUGUCGCCGCAUAUGCUUAAGGUGAUAUUAGAUGAGGCGUGCAACCAGUCCAUACUGAGCACGAGCUCGGGCACGCUGGUGACGCGCGCAGAGGCGGCUGUGCUGGAGCCACGGCUGCUGCUGCUACUGCUGCGGGGCUGGAGGCAGCUUCACACCAAGCAGGAGCUAUCAUGGGAAGUGGAAGGCUCAAGUGGCAGUCGCGUCCAACAAGGAGGUUCCUUGUGGGCGCUGACUCUAUGCUGCCUCCGUAUGUUGGUGCGAGACGACAGCCCGCGCCGCAGCUUCAACCAGUACCAGAUGAGCCGGGUGCGACUGUUACCCACGCUGCUGUCCGCCUGCAAGGAACGCUUCCUGAAUUCGGAGUUCGGUCCACUGGAGCCAGCGGCUAGUAGCAGCCUAGUGGAAUUGGUGGGAGGUUUAAUGGGCUCGCCGCCUCAGCUGGACCGUCUUGUGCUGCUCUGUGACUUCUUGCUGCUCAUGCAUCAGGCAAGCGACACAUUCGUGACACACUCACGUGCCAACUUCUACUUCCUCCUGACGUCUGAGACACCAGAAACCAGCGAGUUCCAACACUCGUUCAAACGUCGCCCAUCUCGGCGCCCGCGCAAGAAGGGUAGCGACGCGGAACCAAGCUCCUCUAGUGUCACUUCAGAUGACAUAGCUAAUGAUAGCAGUGGAGUCUUGAAGGAGAUGGAAGACAGAAUCGACCAAAGUAGCGUCGAGUCCACUAAACAGAUGAAAGGGAUCAUCAAUAUGCAGAUUAAGGAAGGGAGAAAACAUAAUAUAUCAUCAACAUCAGAAAAUUCUGACGUUAAUGUCGAAAACCAGGGGAAAGAUUCUGCUUGCGGUGACAAGGAUGAAGCACGGGGCGUAGAGGGGACUGAGGGGAGUGAGCUUGUGGAUGCGGGCGCUGCGGGGACUGAUGCACGGGCUGAGACUCCAGUCAAUGACCCCGGGAAAGUUGGAACAAGGCCAUCAGGGCCCGAGCUCACAGAGUAUGUUGUUGUAGAUGUGGACGACAUCACCACCACCACCGUCGACAUGUAUUCCAGCGGUAUCUACCAUCAGCGUAAGAUGCGCGCCGGCGCGGAGCCGGGCUGGUCAGCGUGCGAGGGGCUGCUGCUGCUGCUGCGAGAUAUGAUCGGGCUGCUGCCGGACCUUACGCUCGCGCAGGCGGUGUCAGGUGCAAUACAAACAGAGGUGCUGAUAGUACUUGGCAACCACCAGUGCGCAAGAGUGCGGGCCGCCCUGGUGCGUGCCUUCGCCGCGCUGUGCCGCCGCGCCAACGCCGAGCUUAGUAAGAAGCUGCGCGCCUCGCACUACUACAUACAUCUCGCUAACCAGAUAUCGCUGUACCCAGGGUCAUGGGAGUUGGCUACUGCGUGUGCGGCGCUGCUCACCAAGUGUGAUGUCCCUCUUGAAGACCAGCUUGAUGACGACAUCUGGCUGGACAUGACGGAGGAGGCGAUGCUGCGCAGCCCACCGCUGCUGGCGCUGCUGCCAGGCUCUGUCCACGACGUGCCGCUCGCGCACAACAUCACGCUCCUUGUGUGCAGGAUUAUCGACAAGGCUUCAUUGAAGAUCCUGAACGAAGUAUCAGUAGCGGAGGUGGUGGUGCGAGCCAUACGCGGCGUGGGCCAAAUGGGCGAUGUUGACUUCGAAGGCCGCGAGCUGCUGCUGCAAGACUUGUUCGAGCUGCUCGCACGCAUAGCUGUCAAGGCCAACAGUUCGCAGCAUAGCAUGCAGACAGUGUACGAACUCCACCAUAUGUUAACGUACGUGGAGUACAGCAGCGCCGCGGCCGGGCAGCCCGCUGCGGCCCGCGUGGCGCGCGACGCCCAGCUCGCGCUGUUCUCAGCGGAGCUCGACUACUUGGAAGACAGGCUGCAUACUUCCUACACCGCGCACACCAAGUACGCCAACUACUUUACUACAGUACUAUCAACGGCAGUCUCCCUGGGCGUGGAAGCGGUGUCUCGUGCAGAACGAACGGAGCUAGCUUCACGGCACCUGGCCACUGUGGUGCGCGCAGUCAACUUCCUGCUGACGCUGUCACCGAAAGAGCCGGCCACUAGUGAGGCCGCGCUGGUGGACAGGCUGUUUGCUACGCUGCUACCUGCUGUGACCGGCGCAGCUCCAACCAGACCGAAAUGGUGGGUGGGCGGCGGCGCGGACUGGGUGUCUCCGCUGCAGGAGGUGUUCUGCUGGGCCGCGGCGCCGGCGCCGGGGGUGCAGCCGCUGCAGGGCGCGCUGCUGCGAGCCUUGUACAGGGCUCCGCCCGCCGCGCUGCAGAUGCUGUCGCCGCCGGACCCGCCUGCUAUGCGCAAGCUAGCAGUAUACCUUCUCACGAUGCUCAAACACAUCCACGCAUCAGCGGAGGCGGGCACAGCGUCUGUAGAGCUGGCGAUCACAGACUGGGCGCGCGGCUGGGCCGUGGGCACACAAGCCGGCCUGGCUGAGCGCGUGCCCAGCGACACUCUGCAAGUGGAAGCUGCUAGACUACUGGAAGCUGAUGAGGAGCGCUGGGCCAAGCAGGCUGCUAAACAACGCCCUGCGGUCGCCAAGGUAGUAUUCAGCAAAGAGGCCCUGGCUAACAAACUGACGGAGGGUGCAAUGUGCAUGACUCGUAGCGUAGUGGACGUGCAGAACGGAGAACGGAAGAGCUUCAUGCAGCAGCUGCGGCGCGACCACAGCCACGCCGUCGCGGCCACGCAGCGCUGGCAGCGCGCCGUCGAUGAGUACACACACGAACAAGCGGUGUGGCACGACCCCCGCAGCUACCCGGCGUCGUGGCAGCUGGACGCCACGGAGGGCCCGGGCCGCGUGCGGGUGAGGCUGCGCCGCGCGCACCUCGACAUACACCCGCGCUUCCUCAAGCCCUCGCAUCGACACAAGCUGGAGACGAUUCACCGCGGUCCACCGCUGCGCAGCGUGGUAGGCGCCGGCGCAGGGCUGCGCGGAGGCCUCGUGGCACGACUGCAGCUCAACGAGACAGUCUCGUACAUGGCGCGCGUCACCUACGUCACAGUUGCUAGUGAGACACCGGGCGAGCUGCUGCUCAGUGACAGAUGCAUACACUUCGUACCAGAAGAUGCAGAAGACGAGACUCAGAACCAACGGUCCUCAGAAUCCACCCAUAAAAAGGGCGAUAAGCGUACAGAAUAUUCAUCAGCACAGAGCUGGCCUUUAGAGGCCGUGGUGCAGGUGUGCGCGCGCCGCUGGUGCCUGCAGGAGACGGCGGCCGAGCUGUUCCUCAGCUCCGGCCACGCGCACCUGCUGGCCUUCGACGACGUGGCCGAGAGGACCGCCUUCCUGAAGGCGCUUAACGCCUGCCAUCUGCCCGGAAGAAUGGAGCCAGACACUCUAACGGAAGCGAUGACGCAAUGGCGCAACGGUCAGAUCACCAACUGGGAGUACCUGAUGCGUCUGAACAGCCUCGCCGGCCGCACCUACAACGACCUCAUGCAGUAUCCAGUGUUGCCCUUCGUACUCGCUGACUACACCUCACGGAUACUUGACUUGAAUGAACCCAAAUCCUUUAGGGAUUUAAGCAAGCCGAUGGCCAUACAGAACAAGAAUAGAGAGCAGCAUUAUAUCAAUACUUAUAAUGACCUGAAGGCGGCGCGGCGCGAAGGCUGCAGCCCGCUGCUGUCGCGGCAGCCGCACCACUACGCGUCGCUGUACUCCAACUCGGGCGGGGUGCUCCACUACCUCGUGCGCCUGCCGCCCUUCACGCAGCUCUUCCUCAACUACCAAGACAACAACUUUGACAUGCCGGACCGCACGUUCCACUCGCUGGCGACCACGUGGCGGCUCAUCACCAACGACUCGCCCACCGAUGUCAAGGAGCUCAUCCCCGAGCUCUUCUAUCUGCCGGAGCUCUUCCACAACAACGAAGGUUUGGACCUGGGCGUCCGGCAGUGCGGCGCGGGCGUGGACGCGGUGGAGCUGCCCCCGUGGGCGGCGGACGCUCGCCUGUUCACCCUGGUGCACAGGCAGGCGCUGGAGGCGGCGCACGUCACCGAGCGGCUGCCGCUGUGGAUCGACCUCGUGUUCGGGUACAAGCAGGUCGGCCAGCCCGCCAUUGACGCCAUCAACGUGUUCCCUGCUUGUACAUAUUACGGGUUCGACCCGUCGGCGCUGGAGGACGAAGUGGACCGCACGGCGGCGGCCGCCAUGGUGCGCACGUACGGGCAGGCGCCGCGCCAGCUGCUGCGGCACCCGCACCCGCAGCGCGCGCCCGACCUGCUGCCGCAGCCCGCACACCAGCCCGCGGCGGUGUGGGCGGGCGUGGCGGGCGGGCGCUGGGGCCGCUACUGCGGCGCGCCGGGCCUGCCGCCGCCGGCGCUGGUGGCGCGGCGCGCGCUGCCGGCCGCCGCCGCGCUGCACGCGCUGCCGCACGCGCGCGCCGUGGCCGCCGCCGCGCACGCCACCGCGCUGCACGCGCUCGCCGGUGAGGCGCACGCGGUGACCCCGGGCGGCGCGUUUGCCGGUGCGCUGGCGCUGAUAUCGUGGGGACAUUCCGACAACAUGGUGCGGGUCAAGCGCCGCCGGGACGCCCGGCCAGACCUGCUGCUGCAUGUGCCCGCCUUAGAUCAGAUAACAGUGGUGCGCACGUCGUGCGUGAGGUCGGGCUGCGGCAGCCCCGUGCUGAUGGGGCACACGUCUGGCCGCGUGGUGGCGCUGUGGCUGCGGCCGGGGGUGGGGCCGGGGGCGGGGGCCGGGCCGGGGGCGGGGGCGCCGCGCACGCUGCACGCGCACGCCGCGCCCGUGGCCGACAUACACGUGUGCGGCCGGGCGGGGCUGCUGGCCACCGCCAGCGUCGACGGCAAGAUCGUGCUGUGGGACCUCAAUGACUUGUCAUACAUCCGCACGCUGCCCAACCGCGACAUGCUAGCAGUAUCUCUGGUCACAAUCAGCGAGACCCUCUGCGACGUAGCGAGCGUGCACUCCCCUGCCGGCCCCCGUAGCGAGCAGGGCGUGAACGACAGUAUGGAAGACAGCGACAGUUAUGAGAAGGACGCCACAUACAAGUACCAGUCGCUGGUGCGCGUGCAUACUGUCAAUGCGAGCUUCGUUGGCAGUGUGAAGGUAUCGGACCGUGUCACGAGCAUCUGCUACUCGGCAGCUGCGGAGGGUGUGAGCGUGAACUGUAUCGCUUGCGGGGUAGAUAGCGGAGCAGUGAGGCUGUACUCCUCGUGGGACCUGCGGCAGGUGGCCUACAUCCCGCCCGCUGAGCACGCCACGCCACUAAUCAGUCUGACAUACAGCAGCGACUCGUCGUUGCUGUUCGGCUGCUACGCGGGCGGCACGGUGGUGGCGUGGGAGAGCGGCGCGGGCGGCCCGGCCGUGCGCCUGCUGCCCGCGCAUGCGCUCUUCUGACGCCGCCGCCCGCGCUGCUGCCUCGCGCCCGGCUGACUGCGCAUGCUUAUGGUACCUGGCUCAAAUGUGCCCAUUCUGGUUAACAUAAACUUCGUUUUAUUAGUUUUAUCUUAUAGGCACUGUUAUUAUAACUGAACGAACCAGACGACUACAUGACGACAAUGUGAAAGUUUCUAAUUCAUUGUGAAAACAAACUUACCAUGACAACUCACGUAUUAUGUACUCUAAGAACAAUAAUCCAUAUAGAUCGAUCGAUAAUAUUGCGAGGUGUGAUCUCAAAUAUUUUCCCAAUGGGCAGCUUUGUAGUUGUAAUAUGAUCAUACGGUUGCUAAGGCUGCGUGUUGAAGACUACUGUAGAUGGUAUCAUGAUAUUUUCGAAAACAUAUCUAUUACAGCCUUAUAUAAAUAGCACUAAAAAGCAAUGAAAUAUAUACUAGAACUUAAGAGCCGACGACGCCAAAAAAAUAUAUUGUAAUUUAUAUAAAAUGUCCCAAAAUUCGUAGAUUACUAUUGAUGUUGUCUUCCGAUAACUCUCAUGAUGAUAUUUUGUGUGAUUGAGUGCAAUAAUAUUGGCCUAUGCAGUUUUUUUAUUUCCUAGUUUGUACAUAUUUAUAUUGUAAAUAAAUAUAAUCCAGAGUAUUUAUAUCACCCGAACAGGAUCUAUUUUAAAUGUUAUCAUAUUUUUACAAUUUAAAUUAUAUAUUAUUUACAUUGUAAUUAUUUUUAUACAUAAGAGUAACUUGCUAAUAGUGUGUGUUUUAAACAUUCCUAUCGUUGCUUGAUUUAGUAAAUGAAUCGUGUUAAUAAUAAAAUAAAUCAUUUUACCAAAG